UAACCACCGAAUGCGCCGCCGGCUCAGCUCCCGCGGGACCACUCGCGUUCCACUCCACCGGCAGCACACCAGAGGGGACAAGGGACCGGGGACAGCACACCGGGUGCGGCCGGAGCCGAGGAUGAGACAGGCGCUGCUCGCCCUCCUGCUACUCCUCGCUCGCCCGCCACCCGCCGCCACCCGCCCCGACGGCUCCGUCCCGGCGGCCGGUGCAGGGGUUCGAGACCGGCUUCCACAUUGGCCACCGCUGGCUCCGCCGUCCCCGGGGCCGUGGCGGGGGCGGCGGGACGAGCCUCCGCUCUCCAUCGACCUCACCUUUCACCUCCUGCGGCAUCUCCUGCUUCUUGCCCGCGCCCAGAGCCAGCGCGCCCGCGCCGACAGCAACCGCCGCAUCCUCGACGCCGUGGGACGCUGA